AACAAAAAGUGUUCUUCAAUAAUACACCCACUAACCUAAACCCUCAACUAAUCUUAACAGGAUUAGGGGUCUUUCUAUUUCCAUGUAAGAUGUGAGUUUCCCAAUCUAGCAACUACUUCAUGCAGCAAAUUAUGGAAUCCAAUGAUGGAGAUGGUGCUGCCAAACUGCUUCGAGCUCAAACCCACAUAUGGAAUCACAUUUUUGACUUCAUAAAUUCCAUGUCCCUUAAAUGUGCUGUCGAUUUAGGAAUACCAGAUAUCAUACACAACUAUGGUCAACCCAUGCCACUUUCAAAUCUCCUUGCUUCACUACCCAUCCACCCUUCAAAAACCCACUUCAUCCCUCGCUUGAUGCGAAUCUUGACCCAUUCUGGCUUCUUCUCUCAACACAGUGACACUGAGAAUGAGCUUCAGGUAAAGUAUGUGCUAACUGAUGAAUCUAUGCUAUUGCUUAAGAACCAUCCCAUGAGUGUCACUCCUUUCUUGCAUGCCAUGCUUAAUCCCAUUUUCACAACUCCAUGGAAUCAAUUUUCUACUUGGUUCCAAAAUGAUGAUCCUACACCAUUUGAAACAACACACGGGAUGUUGUUUUGGAAUUGUGUUGCCCGUGACCCAAAACUUAAUACCCAAUUCAAUGAUGCCAUGGCUACUGAUAAUCAAUUGCUGAGUAGUUUGGUGAUUGAGAAGUGCAAAGGGGUGUUCGACGGAUUGCAGUCAUUGGUUGAUGUUGGGGGAGGUGCAGGGACUUUGGCAAUGGGCAUUGCCAAAUCAUUCCCACAGAUGGAAUGCAUUGUAUUAGAUCUACCACAUGUUGUUGCUGACUUGCAAGGAAGUGAGAACCUUAGAUAUGUUGGAGGGAACAUGUUUGAGGCAAUUCCUCCAGCUGAUGCCGUUUUGUUGAAGUGGAUAUUGCAUGCCUAUAAUGAUAAGGAGUGUGUGGACAUUUUGAAGAAAAGCAAGGAGGCAAUCGAGAGGAGAGGCAACAAAGGGAAGGUGAUUAUCAUAGACAUGGUGAUGGAUAAUGAAAAGAGAGAUGAUGAAUCAGUUGAAACACAACUCUUCUUUGAUAUGCUGAUGAUGGUGUUGGCCCCUGGAAAAGAGAGAAACAAGAAAGAAUGGGUCAAGUUGAUUACUUCAGCUGGUUUCAGUGACUACAAGAUAACUCCAGUUUUUGGUCUAAGGUCUCUCAUAGAGAUCUAUCCAUAGUAAUUUCUAGCCUAAUCAAUUGAAAAGUGAAUAAAAUGGGGCCAGCACUCUGCAUCGAUUCAUGUAUACAAUGUCAGGCCCUUGAUUUAUGAUUUGUCAGAGAACCUUUAAUAUGUAACAAUAACAAUGUCUUGAGUGUAAUAUGAAAACUAUGUGCAAUCAAAUUAUUUGGAAACACCUUUAACUCUUAUUCUUAUUGCAAACGGAAUGUUGAUAUUUU